AUGGAUCUCCAGGAUGUACGGACGACCGGCCCGUCGUUGGCCUCUCUCCUGCAAAGCAUGGCCAGAAACCACCUGGACUUUGAUGGUCUGAUCCUAGGCAGCUAUGAGACCCGGACAACAUCCACAAUGCACGAUGAUCGCGCAGAGGAGAAAAGUGCCAGCUUGGAGGCAGGCAUCACUAGCUUCCAGAGCUCUGCAUCUGUCUGCUCGUUCUACAACCCCGCAGGCCAGAUUGACGGUGAGAAGCUGGCAGCACUGGUCCUGGAACAGCAGGAGACGGUGCUGGGCUGGUUUGUGAGCAGGAGAGCAGUCUGGGCAAAGCCCUCGGCUAGAGACAGCGCUGUGUGCGCGCACCUGCCCGUCUGCCUGGCUCGCCUGCAGCCACAAACAGCAGGAAAGCCGAUGCUGUUUGGAGUGUUCACUGCGGGAGAGGACCACAACGGCGCCACAUUAGGCUUCCAGCACCGCAUGUACCAGCAGCUUCCGCAGCAGGAGGGCGACUCCGUGGCAGCUUCCGCAGAAGCUUCCGGGGUGCCCCCGCCGCGGCACCGGCCGUGGCCGGUCCCCAUGCGCAUCAUCAACCUCGGGUCCCUCCGGGGGGCGCGCGCCGAUCGGGAUUAUGAACCCUUGGCGCCAGUGGCUGGCCUCUCACCUGUGGAAAGAGCUGUUCAAAUUCCUAAGGAUGACAGGCAGCUCUCCAACGGAACCAGCACCAGUGUCAGCGGUCCUGAGGCGUUGUCUGAGAAGGAGCUGCAGCAGAUUGCAGUGGCAGAUGUGCAGCGCCAGGUGGCAGGCGUGGAGACAGUCUACAGGGCGCUUAUGGCACAGGUGGCGUCUCUGGAGAGUGCUGUGAGCGCAAAAACAGCAAAGCUGACAGGGGUACUAGCGGACAUUGAUGACAUGUCCUGA